UUGGUACACUGUGUGGAACUCGCAAGAUCAGUGUUGCACACACCGUCGGACAUUAUUUACGGGGCACUUUAGAAGUAGAAUUGUUUGGAAUGCGCCAGGAUUGCUAUACUGAAUUCCGGCUGAUUUCUUGAUUAAGUUACUUCAUUCCAUUCGUACACUGGACAAUUUCAAGUACUUCUGUAAAAGCAGUGUCGCCAUUAGAUUACUAAUUAAAACAUAGAUUCUUGCUGAAAAUGAACGUCGACCCUCCACAGCCAGUCACGACUGGAGGCACAUCUACGCACUCUUCAACCUCCAGCAACAGCAAUAACUGCAUCAGUAGUAAUAGUAAUGCUGUCACUAAUGCCAGCAGCAUUCCAUCUGUAGCGACCAGCAAUGUGUCCACCUCCGCUGCCUUGGCUCCUCCAUCAACAGAGAGCUCUGUGUCUAAUGGGGUCUAUGUGCCCUCUGGGAUCGCCAAUGGUGACGUGAAGCCUGUCAUCUCCACUACUCCUCUGGCUGAUUUCCUUAUGCAGCUUGAAGACUACACUCCUACGAUCCCAGAUGCAGUGACGGGGUAUUACCUCAACCGUGCUGGCUUUGAAGCUUCAGAUCCCCGAAUAAUCCGCCUGAUCUCACUAGCUGCCCAGAAGUUCAUCUCCGACAUCGCAAAUGACGCGCUGCAGCACUGCAAGAUGAAGGGCACUGCCUCUGGAAGCUCCAGAAGCAAGACAAAGGACAAGAAGUACACACUGACAAUGGAAGACCUGUCUCCAGCCCUCACUGAGUACGGCAUCAACGUGAAGAAGCCUCACUACUUCACAUAAGAGCCAGGUCUUUUCCACAGUGGAUUGCUGAAACGGUCGAAGCCCAGGAGGUGUUUUCUGCCAAUUUUCCAACCACGUCAAGGCCUCCUCUGGAGGACAAAUCUCUUAUUUGGGUACACCCCAUUGACACAGUUUACGAGGCAUCCAGAGAAUGAUUUCCCGUUUCAGUGCUGUUUUGUUAGUGAUAUUUUUUAUUAUUAUUAUUGUCGCAUAGAGCCCAUUCUGAUUGUCCAAUUUUAAGUUUUCUGUAUUUUUGACACAAAUAAAAACAUUCUGAAAGCAAA